UUAAAAAUGUGUAUUUGUUUUUAGUUUAAAUAAUGGAAACUAAUGCAGACAGAGAUGAAUUUCAACCUCCAGUUGAGCAUGAAGAUAGAAAAACUUCAAUGGAAAGGAAUCCUUUGACCAUCAUGGAUAAGAGACAAGAAAAAAUUGAUUCUCUUAAACAAAUUAAGGUUACUCACCCCAGUAGAGACCUGCUAGAUCAUGGCAGGAGUAAUUUAAUGGAAGGUGCUCAGAGUAUUAAACUUAUUGGAAAUCAACCAGAUUUAGCUCAGACUAUAUCAAAUGAGAAUGUUGAAGUUGACAAUAGGAUUCCAAGCUGCCAAUAUAUGCCAAAUAGAAAUGACAAAAAUCUCAGAGAACACAAUCUGUCAGAAAUAUUAGAGCCACUGGAAAAUCACUCACAAUAUACCAAAAAUUUCAAUAAUUACAAAAUAUGUCGUUCCAUAGCACCUGGAGUGGAAGAAUGCCUAAUUCUUGAAACAGGAGAGCAUGUUAAAUGGGACAAAAAUAAAAAAUUAUGUAAAGCAAGAAACAAAAUUGAUGAAGAUUUACCAAAGAGCUAUCACUUAAAAGAUGACCAAAAUAGAAAUCCUGUUGAAGCAGCCCAUUGUUCAGUUGACAUCAAAAUGAAUGAAGACUCUUGUUCUUCUGUACCUUUGUGUUAUGCACAAACAUGUUUGAAAACAAAUUCCCAAAGUGUUGAAAUAUCAGGAGAUAUUUCCUCAUGUCAAAAUAAAAGUGAUAUUCCUUCCAAUGAAUCAAUUGGAAUCAACCAACCAAAGAAAAUUUUUAAAAUUCUAAAACAUUAUACAGAUAAUUAUGCAAAAGAUUCUAGUCAGAAAGAAUCUAAGAACUUCUAUCAUAUUUUUGGAGAAAAACCACUUGGUGCUAUACCAAAAGAUGUUAAAGGAAUUGAUUCUGCAACGGCUGCAUCUAUUCCAACUAACACAUCUCCCCCAGAUACUAUACCACCACCAAAUUUUACAUCCACCCCUUCUAGUACAUCCACCACAACUGGUGAAUCUCCUCCAACAGAAUCCAAAUCUUCCAGCCAUGAAACGGAUGAUAACUUCAUUUAUGGCAUAUAUAUAUUAGAAGAAUAUUUGAAAGAUAUGCAGUCGCUUUGCAAAAAAAAUUGGCAAAUCAUCCAAAGAGCCAAAGAUGUAUUUUAUAACCAAUUAUUGCCAUCCGGAAUAGUGUCACACAAAGAUGACUUUCUGAUGCAAAGAAGUCUCAACGAUGAUUGCCCGGAGCUGAAUAAGUCAACUUAUUUCAUUCCCAAGACUUUUCUUAGACUUGGAUUCCAACAGUCUUUACAGAGUAAUAUUUCAAUGGGAAACCUACAACCCUUAGGGAAUCAACCUGACGUAGUAAAGAAAGAUGUUACUUCUCCACAAGGAUCAUCUUCUAUGGCAAGUUCUGAAAACACUUGUAAAUCCCAGCAAGAAAAUUCAUGCCAAAACGCAAACAAUGCAAAUAUUUUCCAGAUUGCUUUCCAAAAUAGUCAAAAGUUCAAGAUUUUGGAAGAAAACAGAAUAUUGAAGAAUGAGUUAAGACACCUCCAGAGUUCUCUGUUGACUUCUGAAAAACACUUAAGUGGAGCCAAAGAAGAAAUCCAGAAACUGAAUGAACACAAUAAAAAGCUUGAUGACCUAGUAAGAAAUUUAAGCCAUGAGAACAAAAUGUACUGUGAAAUGAUUAAUUCAUUAAGUCAAAGAGAAGGGUACAUUUCAAGUCAAGAUGAUGCCAUAGUAAAUUUGGCUUCAACAUUAAAAAUAACAGACAAGCAAGAGGCAAAUGGAAACAUGAAAUGUAAAUAAACAUUACUCAAAGACUCUGCAACAGGUGCUCGUUUCCAAUCAAAUUGAAAUACCUUGAUCCUGAUCAGCAAUAACUUGAAAACUUAUAUAAACAGUACCUCAGUUCUUCCCUGUUUUCCUUAAUUCUAAAAGUAUAUUCUCCUUGUCAAAUAAUUUUGAAACAUAUGUUUACAUAUGAAGAUAACUUUGAAAAUUAAUAUCUUCUCCUGAAAAAAAUCACAAACUCAUGAUUUUAAAACUAAUACACUUUAAAAAAAAAUGUUAAACCUUUAAACAAAGAAAGACACUCAAUCUCAUAUAUUUUUUUAACUGGUGUGAAUAACUGAUGUCUCUCGCUUGUAAUUCUUCAAAUUCUCACUGGAAAAAAAUUUGUUUUUACAUUUUGAAGAUUAAUGUACUGCCAGCAAAAUGACUCAAGCAAAUCCCCAAGGACGCAGUCAUUGGUAAAUCUAACAUUAACCCUUUUGUUACCAACCCGGCUGAAACCAGCUCUGGCUCUGUAGUACAAAUGUCUUGUUUUCAUAAGUUUUGAAUUAAAAUCUUCCACCAAACCUUAGUCACAAUUUCUGUUCCUAACACUAGCUUCAUGAUAACUGAGUUAUUUUACUAAAUUCUUUGUUAUAUUUAAAGUAAUUGGAAGAAAUACAGAGCAUCUCAAAAUAAAUAUAGUAACAAAAGGGUUAAUGAUAGUAUCAAAUUUUGGCACAAGGCCAGCAAUUUUAGUUCACGGGAUUAGUCAAUUACAUCAACUCCAGUGUUUAACUGGUACUUAUUUUAUCAAUCCCAAAUGAAUGUAAAGAUGAAAGUUGACCUCGGUAAUCUGAAGUCAGAACAUAAAGCCAGAAGAAAUGCCACUAAACAUUUUGUCCAGUGUGCUAACAGUUCUGGAAGAUUUGCUUCCUUUCACAACAGAAACUAACAUUAAUAAUAAGAUGUUAUUUCUCUAUUAUAUAACAAAUUAAAAUACAAUCUGCUUUUCAUUAAAAAAAAAAUUCUAGAUGCAGUUUUAA